AUGGCCGUCACUUUUCGGGACAAGAAUCUGGAACCCUCUUAUGAGCAGAGGGCAGUGCUGCAACACAGGACGGACAGUUUAACGAUUCUCAUGUUGUUGGGACUGCUUCUGCUGACAAUCUUGACUGUGUGGUUGUUUAAACAUCGGCGGUUUCGGUUUGUGCAUGAGACAGGGUUGUCUAUGAUUUACGGUUUAAUUGUAGGGGCCAUUAUCCGUUACACCAGUGAUGCCAAACAUCUUCCAAGUGUGCAAGCUGUGUUGGAUGAUAACAGGACCUUCACCUCUUUAGACCCACCAGACUAUAUCACUGUGUAUCUCAACCGCAGCAACACGUCCGGUGCUCCUCAUGAUAAAGUCAUUUAUGCUCUCAAGGGUGCUCUGGGAAGUCUCGAGGAGCCUCCUCUUGAACGAACUGUUACAUUUUCCCCGGAACUUUUUUUUAACGUGAUGCUUCCUGUUAUAAUAUUUGAGGCAGGAUACAGUAUGAAACGGAAACAUUUCUUCAAGAACCUGGGAGCAAUUUUAAUGUAUGCACUUAUUGGGACGACUAUAUCAGCCCUGGUCAUUGGGGGUAUUAUGUUUGGUCUGACAAGACUUAUGACAGGCAUCUCAAUCACCCUGAAUGAAUGUUUUGUGUUCGGAGCUUAUCUGUCUGCCACAGAUCCUGUUACCGUGCUGGCUCUCUUCAACGACCUCCAUGUGGAUGUGGACCUGUAUGCCCUGGUGUUUGGGGAGAGUGUCUUGAAUGACGCUGUAGCCAUUGUCUUAUCAGAGUCAGUAGAGACCUAUGGAGAGUUAUCGGCAGAUGCCUUUGACCUUGAAGCUUUUUUCAGUGCCAUUGGAAAAUUUGCUGGUGUGUUUGCUGGAGCCUUUGCUAUUGGCACAUUCAUGGGUGUGAUCACUGCCAUUCUAACGAAGUUCACCAAAGUGCGAGACUUUCCCUUGCUGGAGACAGCCCUGUUCUUCUUGAUGUCCUACAGCACGUUCCAGGCAGCCGAAGCUGCUGAUUUGACAGGAAUUGUGGCUGUACUCUUCUGUGGUAUUACCCAGGCUCAUUAUACGUACAAUAACCUAUCACUGGAGUCCAAACAUAGGACCAAGCAGCUUUUUGAGCUGAUGAACUUUUUGUCUGAAAACUUUGUGUUCCUGUACAUUGGUGUGUCCAUCUUUACCUUCGAGCCACACAUCUGGCAUGCAGGCUUCAUAUUUGCCUCCUUCCUAGCAGUUAUAGUUGCCAGAUUUUGCAAUGUUUACCCGCUGUCUUUCCUGCUAAACCUGGGCAGAAGCAACAAAAUUAAAGCUAACUUUCAGCACAUGAUGAUGUUUUCAGGUCUACGUGGUGCAAUAGCCUUUGCUCUGGCUAUCCGAGACACAGACACAGAAGGAAGGCAACUGAUGGCCUCCGCAACAAUGACCCUAGUGCUGGCCACCGUUAUACUUUGUGGUGGAUUCACCACACCCAUGCUCCAGUGGCUGCAGAUCAGGGUUGGGGUGGAGGAGAAUGAGACAGAGCUCCAACAGAUAGGUGGAGAUUCUAUGAGAAAU